AUGGCAUCCAAUUCUCUUGAGGAACGUUUAAGAAAUAAUUCCAAUGCUUUUGAUGGUCUGUUGGCGUUGAUUCCUGCUAAGUAUUAUUACGAUGAGAAAACCCAAGACCAGUGGAAGGCUAAGAAGAAGAGCAAGAAGCAGAGUAAGGAGGAUAAGGUGAAGAAGCUGGACCCGGAGAAUUCUGGGAGUGGCGAUGAGGGUGUCACUGCUUUGGAUGCUAAGAUACAGAGAGAUAAAGAUGCUAAGCCUGUGGUGCUUCCAGGUGAGAAGUUCAAGAUGCAGAAGAUAAAGGCCGCCAGGGACCAAGAGAAGAAGGAACAGAAAGAGCAAGAGCACGAAUUAGAGCUGGAGCAAGAAGGUGACGAGGAGUUGGAUGUUGUGUUCGAUGAUGAAGGAAAUGAGGUACAGGAUUCAGUUGCCGCAACUCUGCAGACCCAGAUACAAGCUAAAGAAGAAAAGACACAAGAAUUCGAGGCUGUGAAAUCCCAAAAGCAACAGCAAAUCGAAGCAUUGAGAGCUAAAUUGCAGAAUAAAAUUAAAGAAAUGAAACAGAAGAGGAAAGCUCCUGGUUCAAAUGUCCAAGGAGCCCCAUCUUCAAGAGAAGCUAUACUGCUACAGAGAAAACGUAAACUUGAUACUAAAAAAUCAAAGAAAGAUCAGCAAGCUCAGGAGGCCGACUCGGACGCCUCCAACUCUUCCGAUGACGAUGAUGUCAAUGGCGAUAUUGAUAACGAUAUCGUUUUGCCAAACAAGAAAACUAAACUGGACGGCGAUUUGACUAAGGAUAUCAUGUUCCAAAAUAUUGUAUUUGAUGACGGUGAUAAAGCCACUUCAGAUUUACAAAGAAUAAGAAAAGCAACUAAAAAGAACGGUCCAUCAAGAAAUGAUUUCAGAGCACAUUUGAAAAUAUUAGAGACAAAAAAAUCAAAAUUGGAAUCCAAAGACGAAUUAGAUCAGAUCAGAUUAAAGGAAAAAGAAAAAUGGCAAAAGACUAUGCUACAAGCAGAAGGUGUGAAGCUGAAGAAUGACGAAAAAAUGCUGCGUAAAGCUAUAAAGAAAAAGGAGUCAAAGAAGAGGAAAUCUGCAAACGAAUGGAAUGAACGUAAGAGAGCCGUCGAAGCAACCAUCUCAGAAAGAACUAAGAGAAGAGAAGAAAAUUUACAAAUUAGAAAAGAUAACAAAAAUAAAAAGAGAUCUAAACAGCAGAAAAUGAAACGUAAAUAUACAGGUUCAGUUAAACCAAAUCUACCGAAAAAGCAGAAGCGAGCUGGAUUUGAAGGUAGUUUGAAGUCUAGUAAAAAAAAAUAG